UCACAGUCAGUUGACUUUGAGCUGCGCCUCAGAAUGCUUGGACGAAUCGCAAUUAUCGUGCUGCUUCUAGGCCUUUUUGGCUCGGAAGUGCAAUUAGAAAAGUUGGAGGACUCGGAAUGCGGUUACUUCGACGAGGAUCAGAUGAUCAAGCAGGGCAACUUUGCCAUUCCCACCGAUCACCAGUGGGUGGCUCGAAUCGUAUAUGGAAAUGGGUUCGAGGGAAAGAUUCGGGAUAAUGGCUGCUUGGGCGUGCUGAUAUCCAAGCGCUCUGUUCUGGCUCCCGCCCACUGUUUUGUCCAGUACAAUGGAGUGGCAGAGGCCUUCUCCGUUCACCUGGGCGUCUACAACAAAAGCGCAAAGGUGGGAGUCCCGGUUUGCGAAAAGGACGGCUACUGUGUGCGACCCGCUCAGGAAAUCAAGCUGGCCGAGGUGGCCAUCCAUCCGGAGUACGACUCGCGAACCCUGAAAAACAGUUUGGCGGUGCUCACCCUGCAGCGGGAUGCCAAGAUCUACCCAAAUGUGAUGCCCGUUUGCAUGCCACCGCACCACUUGGUCAACGAGACGCUGGUGGGCCAGACCUUCAUUGUGGCAGGUCUGCGAACCAAGGAGGAUCUCCGGCUCAAGACCUGGUUCAACUCGCUCAGCCGUUCCUUCUGCGAAUCGAAGGUCAAGACGCUGGUGACCAGCAGCAACACAGUGUGUGGAUAUCAAACCAAACCGGAGUCUUAUUACAUCGGAGCUCCGCUGGUGGGAAUGCAAAAGAAGAGGCGAGUCACGCAGAACUACUAUCUGGUGGGCAUAAUGAUCGACUGGCGCUGGGAGGACAACCGCAUCAUGUCCAGCUUCCUGGCGAUCCGAAACUACUUGGACUUCAUCCACCAGAAUGCCAAUUCGCUGAUUGUACGCUCUUGAGCGGAAAAUAAAAUACAGAGGAGAAAUACCA